UGACAAAAACGAGCGCUCGCCGCCGCGGAGUCGCUCCUGUCCGGCCGAGCGAGCCACACAGAAAAGAUAAACAAAAAAAAAAAACCCACCGCAUCUCCAACAUCCCCUCCUCCCAAGAACGCGGCGGCGGCCGCCGGACGCCUCUCCGACCAGUUGCAGGUGAAGGAGGAUGAUGAUGAACUUCAGGGACUGGAUCUCGUUCCGGCUCGGGUCGUCGCUGCUGUCCGCCAGGCCCUUCGCGCUCUCCUCCGGGGACGACGACGGCGCCUCCGAGGGCGACGCCGAUGGUACAACACAGAAUGAGUUUGUAGAGACUGUUUCUGCCAAUAGAUUUCCUUCCAAUGAUACUCGGGUGUUAGAGGUCACAACCAACUCUAAUGCUGGUGCAAUUUAUCCUGCCCCUGUUCAACAAGAUAAUGAUAACAAGAAGUCAGAUCCAGUGAUGAAAGUUGAGGCGCUUCAAAUCAAGUUUCUGCGGUUAGUACACAGGACUGGAGUGCCUCCCAGUACUGAUGUUGUUGCGCAGGUACUGUACAGAUUGCAGCUUGCAAACUUGAUUAAAUCUGGUGAAUCAGAUGCCAGGAGAACCAACCUCGGUAUCAACAAAGCUAGGGUUAUAGCAGCACAGCAAGAAGCACCGGGUGGGCCUGAUCUGGACCUCCCCUUGCGGAUUCUUCUUCUGGGAAAGACUGGUGUAGGAAAGAGUGCCACAAUCAAUUCGAUUUUUGAUGAAAGAAAGGUUUCUACUGAUGCACUAGUUCCUGCUACUCAUAGGAUAAAGAAGAUUGAAGGAACAAUCAAAGGAAUAAGAGUGACAGUUAUCGAUACACCUGGCCUGACGCCUCAUUACCUUGGCCAACGGAGGAACAGGAAGAUUCUGAAUUCUGUCAAGUGCUACAUUAAGCGAUCCCCACCUGAUAUUGUCUUAUACUUUGAGCGACUGGACCAUAUUAACAGCAGAUACAGUGAUUCCCCGCUGCUGAAGCUUAUGACUGACAUCUUGGGUUCUUCAAUGUGGUUCAAUACUGUCCUUGUUAUGACUCACUGUUCCUCAUCUCCUCCUGAAGGGCCAGAUGGUUAUCCUUUAGAAUAUGACGCCUACACUCGUUACUGCAAGAAUGUGGUGCAGCGGCAUAUUCAGGCAGCAGUCUCCAACACUCAGCUAGAUAAUCCUGUUGUUCUGGUAGACAAUCAUCCUAUGUGCAGACGAAACACCAAAGGUGAAAGAGUUUUACCAAAUGGGCAGGUAUGGGUAUCAGAACUGCUGCUGCUGUGUGGGGCAACUAAGUUGCUGGCAGAAGCAAAUUCCUUGCUUAAGUUUCAAGAUAGCUUCGUACUGUCACAGGCAAAUAACAGGCUACCUUCACUGCCUCAUCUUCUUUCUUCACUCCUUAAGCCUAAUUCUUCAUCAAGUUCGGAUGGUAUUGACAGUGAAUUGACAGAAAUGUCAGAUGAGGAGGAUGAGUAUGAUCAACUACCACCCUUCCGCAUUCUGAAGAAAUCUGAAUAUGAAAAUUUGACAAAUGACCAAAAGUCUGCAUAUCUUGAUGAACUGGACUACCGCGAGACUUCGUACCUGAAGAAACAGUGGAAGGAGGGAAUCAGAAGGCAAAAGCUUACUGAAGUGCAAAAUGAUGAAGUUGCAGAUGAUUAUGAAGAGGGUGCGUCCCCAGAGGUUGUGCACAUGUCAGAUAUGGAAAUUCCACUAAGUUUUGACUCUGAUUAUCCUGUGCAUCGCUACCGCCACAUCAUAACAGAUGAUCAGUUGUUCAGACCAGUUUUGGAUCCCCAAGGCUGGGACCAUGAUAUUGGGUUUGAUGCAAUCAAUUUUGAAGCAUCUCAAGAGUUGAAAAAGAAUGUCUCUGCGGCAAUUGCAGGUCAGAUGAGAAAGGACAAAGAAGACAUGUAUGUCAAUUCAGAAUGUUCAGUAAGUUAUUCUGAUCAGAGGGGCUGCUCCUUGAUUGGGGGUAUGGAUAUGCAAACGGCGAGCAGAGAUUUGGUUUGUACUGUUCAUGGGGAUGCCAAGUUCCGCAAUUUGCCUUGGAACACUACUGGAGGUGGCAUUUCUGUUACUAAGUUUGGCAACAAGUACUUUGCCGGGGCCAAGUUAGAAGACUCUGUUACCAUUGGGAAGCGAGUUCAACUGGUAGCCAAUGCCGGUAGAAUGGCUGGCUGUGGACAAGUGGCACAUGGAGGUGGCAUGGAGAUAACUGCACGGGGGAAAGAUUACCCUGUGAGGGAAGAGCGCGUCACAUUAUCUGUCACCACUCUGUCGUUCGAAAAAGAUACUGUAAUUGGGGCCAACCUUCAGUCAGACUUCCGAGUGGGCCGUGGAUCGAAAAUGUCAGUCGGCGCUAACCUAAACAGUAGAAACUUAGGCAAGCUCAGCAUCAAGACUAGCACGUCAGACCAUGCUGAGAUGGCUCUGAUAGCAGUUGUCUCGUUGAUCCAGUUCUUUAGGAGAAGAUCAGGAGGAGCUGAUAAAGGCGACCAGCAGUUUGACACCUACCUGGAUGACUAAAUAACAGAUACAAGGAUAAGACAGCCAUACUGUGUUUUAGAUGUUCAGCAGCACCAAGAUUCACUGCUACUUUGUGAAGCUAUGGCGUUUCUCCGUCUAGGGUUCCAACUUGUACAGAAUUCUUGUAUAUGAGUUUUGAGUAUAGUUAUGAAGGUUGCAUUUUCCAUGAGAAGAGUUGUUCUGCCUCUAGGCCAGCCACUAGGGUUUAAUAAUGUAGUAAUCAGGAAGUUUUGAGUUUUGACAUCACAGUGUUUAGCUUUGGGGUUGUGCGUCAUGUAUCACCCAUUGUCAUUUUUUUUUUGGCUCUCUUCCAAGUAAAAGGACAGAUUUUGUUGAUGAUACAAUUUUAGCCCACAUAUAUGGAGGAAAAUGUAGCAUUUCUCAUCA